UAACUUUGGAUAUCGAUUCCAUUACCGCUGUUUUUGGUUUUAAACUUUCGAAAAGUGACAUUACAAAAUUGUAUGUCACGCCAGAAAGCAAAUUUAAACGGAAGUAUUGUAUAAUUGACUUGAAAUACUCGCAUGAUUUAAAAAAGCGAAAAGAUGACCAACGGCGAAGUUCGGCCCACCAGGCCCAGUCCCUAUUGGCGUCAUGCCAGCCCCCCGAAGAGGACAACGACACCCAAAUUCGACUUAACACCUGAGCAGACGACUAACCGAAUCGGACAGCACCUGCUGCGAACCCUGGUUCAGAGUUUACCUUCUGGGGCGGAACCCGCGCGAUCACGGUCAUCCUGCCCACCCACACAUCGUCGUCGCCGGCAAGUUAGUGCCUGCAGAUCCUUAGGUACUCCGGAACCGGAGCCAUCGAUCAGGACCAGGGCACCGCUUAGAUUGCAGGCGGGAAUGCCGGUUAAGCAAGUGCUAGAAGGGGACCGACUCCUUCCAAAGGUCAUUGGGCUGGGAAGAAAUGGACAGCAGUCAGUGAUGGCCGCUGUUAAGCGCCGCAGUGAGUCGCCAUCAUUCAAGGCCAAGACCAGAGAAGAGGAGUUCGACAGGAUACCGGAGUUGGUGACGGGAGCAGCGACCGCCAGAUCCCGAGAGGAGGAGUUCGAAAAGAUACCAUCCAAGGUAUCUAGUAUGCACCAAGAUGUCAAGGACGCAGAUAAUGAAAGCGGGGAGAAUUCAAAGCCAGAAACCCUGGAGGAUUCCAAGCCGGAAACCCUGGUGAAUAGUAAACCCGAAACCCAGGAGAAUUCACAGCUGCAUAGCCUGGACAACUUAAAUAAGAGUAGUCAAGAAGUCUCAAACUCAAAAAUAGAAGAGGAUCAGGCCGCCAAGGAACCGGAUCAACAGCAACCAGAGUGUGCGGCCAACUCAAAGAUAAUUCCAUGCUUUCGGGGGGAAUAUCCCACGCGACAUCGACCUGGCUCAUAUCAGUGGUUUAAGUCCGCAGUUCCCAAUUGCGGAAAUAUCGUUACCAUCUGCGAUGAGGAACAGCAAAUUAUGGGCAAGGCGGAAAUUGUCACCGCCUGCGAGGUGACCGAGGCUCACUUUUUGAGCAUCGACUGUGAGGAGGAUAACAUGCCGGCGAUUCCGAGGUGCAAUAAGUGCAAUGGUUGUCCACAACAAAACCGGCAUGCAAAUCGCUUGGAUCUUCUGUAAGCGGCAACAAAAUGCUUUCAGCAACCCUGCUUUCAGCAGCAACAACCCUGCUUUCAGCAGCAGCAACCCUGCUUUCAGCAGCAGCAACCCUGCUUUCAGCAACAACAACCUUGCUUUCAGCAGCAGCAACCCUGUUUUCAGCAACAACAGCCAUGCUUUCAGCAGCAACAACCCUCCUGCUUUCAGCAACAACAAAGAAAUUGUGGCCGAAAUUCACUCUGUCCCAAUGCCCCGGCGAAACAAAGAAGUUGUCUCAAGUGCCAGGAUCAAAAUCAAUCCAUCAAUUCGUUUGCUUACAAUCCGAAUCAGUCAGUGCAGCAAGCAAUUCUUCCGCAAUUGCAACAAUCAAUUCAGCAAAGGAAUCCUCCAGAACAAGUGCAACCAACAAUGCAGAUACAGCCAACGAUGCAACAACAGCCAGUGGUACAACAGCAACCAAUAGAGGAGAACAACUAUUGCCUCACCGAAAUGCUGGCCGAGGAGCUGAAGAAGCAGAUGCUGGAGGCCCAGGCGCAGAUUGCCCAAGUGCAGCUUCAGCUGAAUAGUGCCUGUGGAGCCACCAGAGUGCGCCAGAUGCAUGUGCUCACCCAGAAUGCCUCCGAUGCUCCAGGUUGGGCGCCAGAAACCCAGUUCCUAGGUUCCUUUACCGAAGAACAGGAUACAGGCGUUGCUAUACCAGAUGAAAUGGGGCAGAACGGUGGUGAAGAGGAUCCCAUGAGCUGUCAGGAGUUUUCCUUGCAGUCUGCAGACCAGCAGCCAUCCUUCCCCUGCCAAGUCUCGGGUUCCACCAAGUCGAAUGCUAUAUGGUCCCAGCAUUCAGCUUCUCAAAACUCACAGGAUCCCAUGCAGUUUGGCCUGUAUCCUGUGCCAGUGGCGAUGCCAAAUCCAAAUACAUACUUCGAGCCAGAUCCUCAGCAAUUUCCCUGUCAGCAGCAACAGCCAGCGUCUUUUCUGCAGAUCCAACAGCAAAUGGUUCCUUGCCCGCAGAUCCAACAGCAAUACAGAGCUCCGCCCUUACCGCCACUGAAACCACCUCCUUGUCAUCAGAAGCAGCAGCAGCAGCGAUUAUCCUGCCAGCAACAGCAGCAGCAACAACCCAUGAGAUCUGGUCAACCGUCCCAAUCCAAUAAGUGUUCCUGUGCCCCACAAUUCUGUCCCAGUUGUUGUUGCCAGCGAUAUGCCCAAAUGCGAUUCAUGAUGCCGCGAUGUUGGCCGCGCUGAAGGUUUCCUUUGGACACUCCAACAUUUGUAGCGCAACUUACCUUGAUCAGACAAUAUGAAUGUCCCAUCAAGUUAAGAUACCUUACGAAUUGAGAUCUCCAAAUGUACACACAUAAUUGUGCAAUUCUUCCGUUUAAAAUUGAGGGCAAUCGAUGAAGGCAAAAACUCGCCUCCAAUAAAGUUUCGAUUUUAAGGGUUAGAACUUGAGUUUUUUGUCAGCUGGCAGAGAUUCGGAAUUUCUAUACGUAUAAAUUCAAAGUUUUCCCAACUUUUAGGCAACAGGAAGCUAAGACUCAGUCGUCCCAUUUAGUUCAAAUUACAGAUUCUUAUAUUAAAGAUAUAGUCAGAGGAUAAGCCAUUCCUCAUGCCUCUGCUUUAAUCAAGGAAUGUGUAAUUUUAAUCAAAUGUACGGCGGUUCGCAGAGACAACUAUUUAUGCUGUCACCACAAAUUGCAUUCGUGCUUUUGUAAGAGG